AUGUUACACAAACGGCUUCUCCUUGUCUGCGCACUCGCUGCCUCCAGUGUACUCUCCGCACCGAUAUACGCGCGGCAGGAUCUGACCGCCGCUGUCCAGCCAGAGGACUUUGUCGAGCCUGGCACUUCGGUAGCUGCGCCGGGCAACGUCGCUGCGACCGUACAACCAGAGGACUUCAUCGAGCCUGAUGUCGUCGCUGCUGUCCAGCCCGAGGACUUUGUUGAGCCCGACAUUGUUGACGCCGUUGAUACUACAGGCGAGGAGGAGAUCAUUGGGGAGGGCGACUCGAUUCCCGACCCGGACGACGUCCUCGCCGUGGCGAAACAAGCCGCAGAGGACGCGGCAGCUGCGGCGGCCGCGGAGUUGCCUGAUGAGGAAAUCGUUGGGGAGGACGACUCGAUAACCAAACCCGACGACCUCGCGGCCGAGGCGAAACAAGCUGCAGAGGACGCGGCCGCGGCGCUGGGCGAUGAGGAAAUCGUCGGGGAGGAUGACUCAACAACCGACAAUGACGAUCUCUUGGCCGCGGAGGCGAAAAAAGCCGCAGAGGACGCAGCAGCCGCAGCGCAGGCCGCCCUUAACCCUCCGAAGGCAACAUGUGACGUCCAAGGCCUCAGCAGCGCACUCGGCGCCGUCUCCGAGCAGGCCGGCGUGAUCCGUGGGAUCGGCACCUUCACCGGCCAGCCCGACCCCGUGCGGCGCACGUCCGAGAAGCGCGACAAGUUCGAGCAGCUGGUCGAGGCCGCCACCGACGCUGCUGCCGCUGUCAAAACCGGAAACUUUGCCCCCGCGAAGGUGAAGGUAACAGAGGUGGACCGCUUGCUGGAGGCGCUCGUCAGCGACGUGGUGGCUGCGGCGCAGUUGACCGAUGCGGACCUGGAGAUGCUCGCGCGCGUCGCGAAUGCCGUAGACAAGGCAAGCGCGUGCUAA